CUGUAACUGGCUGGUAACUGGACAUAGAAGUAUUGAGGGGACUGGAGUAAACAGGGUUUACAGGGUCUAAAGAGACUUGAACUAGCUGGGAGCCACAAGUCAUCAUGGUUAUCCUGCUGGUCCUCACACGGAAGGUUGUCCUCCUCUUAGCUGCUAUGUGGAGUGUGUGUUCAGCAGAGUUGAUCACAGUGGAAAGAUAUAAGGGAGGCAAGGCAGAGAUCAGAUGCCCCUAUAGAGAGGAGUGGAGGAGCCACCAGAAGUACAUAUGCAAAGGCAGCAAAAUGGAGUGUAUAACAUUUUUGGGAGACAAUGAUAUUGAGACUGAGGAUGAAGAACGAAGCUCUAAAUGGAGAUACUCCCUAUAUGACGACAAAGGGGUCAGAGUCUUCAUUGUGACCAUCACCAACCUGAUGUCAGAUGAUGCUGGAACAUACUGGUGUGGAGUGAAACGAUUUGGACUGGACCCUGAAGUGUAUGGAGAUUGGUGUUGUGAAAACCCAGCUGAAGUGACAGGCUCUGAAGAAGUGACAGGCUAUGAAGAACGGUCAGUCUCCAUCCAUUGUAUGUAUAAUGAAAAAAAUGAAGACAAUGAGAAAUACUUCUGCAAAGCGAAUACACUAUCUAAGUGUGUAGUUGAUGUAAAAGUGACAACAACCAAAAGCCAGAACGGGAGGUUCUCACUGUUCGACAACAGGACAGCCGGAGCAUUCACCGUGACCAUCACCAGACUAACCCAAGAGGAUGCUGGGAGAUAUCUCUGUGGUGUACAGAACAACCACACAACCAAUACCCUGUCAGCAGUUCAGCUUGUUAUCAAGAUUUCACCAACUUUAUCAUCACCACCUAUUGCCACCUCCGUCUCACCAUCAUCCGUGUCAUCACCAUCAUCCAUCUUAACAUCAACACACAACAGUUCUGAUACAUCAGUGGUCAUCAUAGUAUCUGGGACUCUGGUCAUGCUGCUAUUGGUGCUUGUAGUCAGCCUGCUCAUAGUCUAUAGAUGGAAAUUCAACAAGGAAACAGCUGACUCCUCAGCACCCAGGGUGAACACAGACACUGGGAUCAACAGAGAGGUCAGUGGUUGUCAUGGUGAUGGUGACUAUGAGGAGAUAGAGGACUGCCCCCUACAGUCCAGUUCAGGUGGUGAGACCACCACCAUCUACGCCACCGCCAACUUACCCACAAGAACCUCUGACUCUCUCAACUACGCCAACGUCAACUUCCACAAGGACCCCAGCUGCCCCAAUGAGGCCACUGUCGCCAUCGCUAAAGAGGGCACUUCUCCUGGUUACUAUGCCACCGUCAACAUUGGUCAAAGCCCCGCCUACUCUACUGUCAAUCAUCCACACAGCACCUCUGAGGCUCCUCCCAUUUACUAUACAGUCAGCAAACCCAGAGACCUCUGAGUCACUGACAACCAAUCACAAGGGACAUAUUCACACUGGCAACAAAUCAUAAGUUAUAUGUUAUUAAAA